UGGUGGAAGAGCGCUGAGGCGGAGCGGCUACAGCUGUUCCCGGCCGCUAGGGACUAGCAGGGACGUUUCUGGCUUGUGGGCCUCACAGAAUGGUCGGGUGGGCUCUGGGCUGUGGUCCAGGAGGGCUCAGUUGAGGUCCCGAGCCUUCUGAGGGGCGCUGCACAUACAGAGGUGGGGCGCUCAACUUGCAGGAGAGGAGUCUCCAACCUGGGGAGGCUGUGGGUCCUAGGGGUCGCUCGGCCGCGGGACCGGGUGUGAGGCGCUGGCGCCGCCUCCGCCCCUUUACCCGUAGGUCCGUGGGGCGGGCACUCCAAGCACCGGAGCGCUGUAGAUGCCCGGCGGGGUGCCACCGCUGGAGAGUUGAGGAGGGGCUCGGCUGACGGUGCGGGGUCCGGCCCCCCACGCUCACUGCCCCCAGGAUGGGCAGCACGACGCUGUCGGAGGACUACCGCCUCUGCCUGGAGCGCGAGCUGCGGCGCGGGCGCGCGGGCGUGUGCGGAGACCCCUCGCUGCGCGCCGUGCUCUGGCAGAUCCUGGUGGAGGACUUCGACCUGCACGGGGCGCUCCAGGACGACGCGCUGGCGCUGCUCACCGACGGCCUGUGGGGCCGCGCCGACCUGGCGCCCGCACUGCGCGGCCUGGCCCGCGCCUUCGAGCUGCUCGAGCUGGCCGCCGUGCACCUGUACCUGCUGCCCUGGAGAAAGGAGUUCACCACCAUCAAGACCUUCUCUGGGGGCUACGUGCACGUGUUGAAGGGGGCACUCUCUGAGGACCUUCUCACCAGGAGCUUCCAGAAGAUGGGCUACGCUCGCAAAGACAACCACAGCCUCACCGUGACAGCACCAGCCCCUGCCAGGCAGCUAGUGCAGGUGGCCCUGGGCUGCUUCGCACUGCGCCUGGAGUGUGAGAUCAUGGAUGAGGUGCUGGCCCGGCUGGGCACCAGCCUGCUACCGGCUGAAGCCCUGCUGGAGGCUCGGCGAGCCAGUGGAGAUGUGGCCUCCUGUGUGGCCUGGCUGCAGCAGAGGUUAGCCCGGCCAGAGGAGCCACCGCCCCUGCCCCCCCGCAGCUCCCUGGCCGCCUUUGGGUGCCCACUGGACCUGUACCGGGACCUGGCUGAGGACGAGAUCUCAGAGGAGGAGAGCAGUCUGUAUUGCCAAGCGCCACCUCAGCCCAUGAAGAGCAGCCCCUUGCCAAGCGCCACCUCAGCCCAUGAAGAGCAGGCCUAUGAGACACCCCUCUGGGAGCAGAGCGCCCAAGUUUGGGGUAUUGGAGGUCCAGCAUGGGAAGCCUCGGCCGACAGUCCGCCCUAUGGGGCCCUGGAAGAGCAGCCAGAACCACCCCCCUUCUCCUUCCUGACUUUGCGCCAGGAACUGGGCCGGCCAGCUGACUUUGCCAGUCCCGAGGACUUUGCAGGGCACAGCUGCUUGCGGUCUGGUGUGCUACAGCCAUCCCUAGGCGAGCCACUGAGGCGCCCAUGGCUGUCACGCUCCCGAACAGACACCCUGGAUGGUGCCCCUUGGGCCAGACCAUAGGCCCCAGCGGCAGUCUCGGAGCUCCAGGAGUUAUAGGGGUGGGUGAUGGUGCUAUCAGGGCGUGGCCUCUGAAGGCCCGGCCUCUGCCCACCCCGGACCACAUGAGGGCAGAGGCCUCUCAGGGUGGCCAGGACUGUGGGACCAGCACGCAGCCUGUCCUCAGGGGCCAGCCCUAGGCCUGUGCAUGCUGGGCAAAGAGCCCAUCUGUCCUAAAAGGGUCCCUGCCCUCCUUUGAUGCCUUGUCCCCCAGCUUUGCAUGCAAAUUCACACCCCACCUUUAGGAAUGUAUCCUCCCAGAUGGGAGACCUAAUGCCCUCUGGGCUCUCGCCCCCCUUCCCCCCCCCCCCAGCCUGCUGUCCAGGCGCUCACAGGGAGGGUAGCCAUGGCUGAGAGGGACAUGAAGCCUCCACACCUGGGCUGGCCCCACGACAUUAUCCUGACAACCAGGGUGUGGGGUCCCAGGCUGGAGGGGCAGGUGGACAUGUAGGUUACAGCUGUGAGCUUCGGCAGUCCCUGUUCCCCUCACCUAGCACUGCACCUUUCCUACCCAGCACCCUCCUCUCCCCUCCCUAAUCCUCAGGAUGACCCCAUGUGGCACACAAAUUGCAACCUCAAGGACAUUAAACGAGUGACUGCACCCACAA